AUCACUGGUAUUUAAGAACCCAGCAACUGCCAAAUGAACAGAAACCAGCUGGUGUUCUUCAGAGCAAGAUGAAGCUGCUCCUACCUGUGGUGGUUCUUGCAGCCGUUGCUGUCAGCGCUAAUGGACACCCAGGGUUCUGGGAGACAACCUGGAACGCUGCCAAAACACCUUUCAGAUUCGGCAAGGAAGCCUAUCAGGGCAGCAGAGAUAUGCUCCGCGCCUAUACGGACAUGAGAGCAGCCAACUGGAAGGACUCGGACAAGUAUUUCCAUGCAAGAGGGAACUACGACGCUGCCCAGAGGGGUCCAGGGGGUGCCUGGGCGGCUAAACAUAUCAGCAAUGCAAGGGAGAGACUAGACAUAUUGCGCGGAAGAGACCCGGCAGACAGUGUAGCUGACCAAGAAGCCAACAACUGGGGACGAAGUGGCGGAGAUCCUAACAGGUACCGUCCUAGGGGGCUUCCUCCAAAGUACUAAGGGAGGGGGGAGGCUUCGAGAGUCCUUAAAUAACUGUUUGUAAAGAACAGUUCAAACGACUGAUGGCAUCAACUGAUUUUUCUCCAAAUCACAAGAUUAUGAUCAUGCAGUGGAAUGUAGUACUAUAUUUCCGGUAACUUUUCAGCUGGAUUUUGUUAUCAUCUUUACCCUGUACUGACUAAAUGUUUCUCUAAUAAAUAUGAUUAGAUAAA